AUGGUGGAGGAAUGUCCCGGGGAUCCUUCUGGAUAUACACAGCCAUGCUUCUGCCAGUCCAGAUGCAAAACACACCACAGAUGCAGGAAUCACAGUAGAUGCAGAAGAACGAAGAAUCGUGCAAUAUCUACUUUCAUGCGAGCCACUCAGUACACAUGCAUGUUGCUUAGCUAUUUAAUAGAGCAUAAGGCUGAUAAAGAGAAGCUGGUAAUGAAACUCAAGCAGUUGGAAUCUAGCAUGAGCUCUGGCCGGAAAAUGUUCAGACUGGGCAACAUGGUACAUGCCUUGGUAGCAGCCAGGAGAACUACACAGCUGCCAGAUGUGGUUCCUCGCUUCUGCCUUACAGCCUCCAACCUGACUCGUGCCCUCUACUUCGUCUGCGAUGCUGUCCUGUGGUUGAAAAGCAUUGGGCUCCGACCUGAUGUCGAUAAGCUGAAGUGGCGGAAUUGGGCUACCAAGUGUUACUACUUUUCACUCCUGAUGAAUCUAGCCAGGGACUGGUAUGAGAUCUCCUGGAGGCUGGAACAAGCUGUACAGGAAGAAAAGACAAAGGAGAAUUCCUUCUGGGACAAACACAAUCAGGAACUAAACCGUGUGAGAUGUGAUGGUUUGCACGGUUUUCUCCUCCUGCUGUUUCAGAUACUGAAAAGACAUCCUCCUUUGCUGCUGGACUUGGUGAAGAAUCUCUGUGAUCUCUCAGGUCCUUUGGAUACGCUAGGGAUCUGCAAGACCAACCCAGGAGUGAUUGGUUUCUGUGGCGUCCUCUCCUCCCUGGUGGGGAUCCUCACAAUAGCAAGCCCACAGCUGAAGCUGAAACAGUGA